UGGAUAAAAUGGAAGAUUUGAGUCUGAAACAGACAGUGCUCCGAGCUGAGAUAGGUGAAGUGGAAGGUAUUCCCCUCACAAAAACACUAUGCAGCACGUGGGACCAAGUGUGGAAUUUCAAAGCCAGAUCUGACGAUCUGCUCAUCGCAACCUAUGCAAAAGCAGGUACCACAUGGACACAGGAGAUAGUGGAUAUGAUUCAACAAAAUGGAGAUGUUGAGAAGUGUAGACGUGCCACUACUUACAGACGCCAUCCUUUCCUUGAGUGGUCUAUCCAAGAGCCUUCAGCUACGAGUUACUCAGGCCUGGAAUUAGCCGAAGCUAUGCCUUCUCCACGAACAAUAAAAACUCAUCUCCCUGUGCAGCUGGUGCCUCCCUCCUUCUGGGAACAAAACUGUAAGAUAAUCUAUGUGGCGAGAAAUGCAAAAGACAACCUGGUGUCAUACUACCAUUUCCACAGAAUGAAUAAAGGAAUGCCUGACCCAGGAACCUGGGAGGAGUUCAUGGAGAAAUUCAUGACUGGAAAAGUGCUCUGGGGUUCCUGGUAUGACCAUGUAAAAGGAUGGUGGAAGGCAAAAGAUAAGCACCGUAUUCUCUACCUCUUCUAUGAAGAUAUGAAGGAGAAUCCAAAGCAAGAAAUUCAGAAGAUUCUGAAGUUCCUGGAGAAGGAUGUGAAUCAGGAGGUUCUUAACAAGAUAUUGCAUAACACCUCGUUUGAGAUAAUGAAGGAAAAUCCCAUGACAAACUACACUAACGAGUUUCAGGGAAUAAUGGAUCAUUCCAUUUCCCCAUUCAUGAGAAAAGGGGUUGUUGGGGACUGGAAGAAUUAUUUCACUGUGGCACAGAAUAAGAAAUUUGAUGAAGAUUAUAAGAAGAAAAUGGCCGAUACCUCUCUUGUGUUUCGCACGGAAUUGUGAUUAUUAGCAAUGGGAAUUAUUCUCUAUGAUCUUCAGCCUUUUCCAUUUUAUAUAUUUUGCUUUUCCUUCACAAAAUGCUUGUUCCCUAAGAUUUCAAUCUCUCUCUUUCACGCACCACUGAUUUUUCAUUAUUGUGAGAGUGCCCAAAUUAUAUGGAAGCUUAGGCUGGUCUCCC